AUCGGUAUGAAGAGUCGGAAUAUAAUCCUUUCUUCUUCCUGUGGAUUUUUUCUGCUGUGGUUAGCUCUUGUUAUACAUACAUCUGGGACAUCAAGAUGGACUGGGGACUGUUUGACUCAAAUGCUGGAGAAAAUAAGUUUCUCAGAGAAGAAAUUGUGUAUUCUUCACCAGGUUAUUAUUACUUUGCAAUUAUUGAAGACUUCAUCUUAAGAUUUGGAUGGACAGUUUCGGUGUCACUGGCUGAUCUUGACCUAAUACACAGUGAUUUAGUUGUUUCCAUUCUGGCUCCGUUAGAGGUCAUCAGACGUUUUGUGUGGAACUUCUUCCGUUUAGAGAAUGAACACUUGAACAACUGUGGUAAAUUCAGAGCAGUCAGAGAUAUUUCAGUGGCCCCUAUAGAUUCAAGUGAUCAGGAUAUAAUCAUCAGGAUGAUGGAUGAACCAAAUGGUGUUGUUAACAGAAAAAGAAGAGAUAAAAAGAAAGG